AUGGAUAUUGAGAUUUUGAGAGGCGAAACUACGUUAAAUACUUCGACAGCACCUCUGGUUCAAACAGCAACACAAUCAUCGAUAGCUUCGGACAAUGAAGAUGAACAAUCUGACACAAAUAACAAUAGGUUUCAACAGUUUAUCUACGAUGGAACCAGUGAAAAAUCAGCUUUUGAUAAAUCUUUCAGUGAUAAAUAUCCAUCACCACUUGAAAGGAAUAUUUCACCGGAUUUUGAUAGUAAGGAACAACUAGGGGAUAAGCAGACUGGUUCAAAUUCUUUUAAUAAGCGAAGAAACCAAGAUCCAGAAGAUUCGAUGCAAAAAUUAUUGUUUGGAAAAAAAAUUAAAGGGAGAAGGGCAAAUAUAUUAUCUGAGAAAUUAACCGAAAAAAAAGUUCAAACUCGACUUAACCUUGGGCCGAAUAGUGAUUCUUCUGGAAAGUCCACAGGAAACAAGUUAACGCUCGAUUUUAUUGAUCCUGUGGAAGAACUUGACAAAAUUCGAAAAAACUCACCGUUUCUUUAUUUUUAUGAUAGCAAACUUUUCAAAGAAAGCAGCAAACUUCUAUUUAAAAAUAUUUUAAGCCCAGAAGAGGCUGUGAAACGAAUAAAACUCGCCAGGUUGCGAUUUCCAUUUAUAAAAAUUUCUCGAUCUUAUUGCGAACGGCAAAUAAACAAAACAUUACCCGAAAUUUAUCCAGGUAUUUUGUUCAAUCAAGACGUCAAAGAGGAAGAUGGAAACAAAACCAAGCUUUAUUCUCAAUUUCGACGCACGCUAUAUAUUGCCGAAAACUCUAAUAAGCGAAAGUAUUGCUAUUUUGAAAGACCUAAUGUUACAAUGUGCGAGUACGAUCACUUACCACCAAGCAGCUUUACUAUUCAAGAUGUCGAGAUUUUGCAUGGAGCAGACAAGGAAUAUUUCGAGUCACAGUUAAAAACCUUGGCUAAAGAGGAAGAAGAAGCAAGAGAAUCUAAGCAUCGGUUGGAAGAACAAAGAAAAAUGGAAGAAGAAACUGAGAUUGAAGAUUCUGAACCUGAGUAUUUUCAACCGCUCUCUUAUAAUCUCAGCAAUUCAGAUGAUGAAAUAGAACCAAUCUCAUCAUCUGUCUAUGAGCCAGAACCACUUGUUUGGCCCAAACGAACUAAAACAGAAAUUCAAAACAUGCAAAGUGAUGGCGAUAUGGUCGAGAUUAUCGAUUACACUUCUGAUGUUGAAAUUAUAGAUUGUGCUCCAACUACUCGAAUUUCUGUACCAACUAAACAAAUAGAAAACAAUGCUACUUUAAUCGACAGAGACGACGACGAAAGCAUUGAAAUCAUCGAAAUACCCGAAUCUCCCAUGGCUUUUAAAAUUGAUUCAUUAUUUUCUGAAAAACAAGUUAAUGAUUUAAUAAAGGCUCAACUAGCUGAUGGUUGUGAAACCCAGCAUGUACCAGAAGAAGUUGAAGAGGCAAAACAAUCCACAAAUAUUUUACAACAAAAGAGCGUCAAUUUGCUAACACAAAAGCAACCAUCUAAUAACAAUCAAUUAUAUCAAAAGAAAAAACGAGACUUCACAAAGAUGACGACUAUAGAACUACGCAAACAAGUCGACGACUGGGGGUUCAAGCCUUGCCGUUCACGAAUGGAGAUGAUUAAGCUGCUGGACAGCUGUAAUGUAUAUUCUCCUAUUCCUGGAAGUGUAUUGGCACAAACUAUGAGCCGAAAGGAAAAUGUUCACUUAGAUAUAGAUCAUGGAUUUCAGUCAAAAUCUUUUAGUGAAGAUAUGGUUCAGACUAUUAAGCAACUACCAAAACAUAAAAAAGACUUAGAGAACUUAUCAACUGGCGAUUUGAAGGAGCUGCUAUAUAUAUACGGAUUCAAGCCUGUCAAAGGACGUUCACGGAUUUUAGAAAUUCUUCGAGAAUGUUAUAAUACUAGUGACGCAAUUACCACUAGUACCGAGACAACACCUGAGAAUUUUGAAAAUAACCCGUUAAAUAAAACUACAGUUUCAAAUAUCGAUAAUAAAGAGUCUAAUACCACAUUGACUAGUAUCGAUACUAAUACAUAUCAUGAAACUCCAAUUGAAGUUUCAAUUCCUUACAGCAAUAUAUCGACCAAUAUUUCUAUUUCUAAUUUUGGAGAGAAAUUUUCUAAUGCAGCUUUGAUCUCCGAUGAUUCUUCUAAUGUUUCAGCUAUACAAGAGAAUAUAGAGUCUGAGGGCGAUACCCAUAUUAGCACAUUAGAAAAAAUUCCCACAAAAGAGUUGCGGGAGCUUAUUAAACGGUACGGGUUUAAACCUGUACGAAAUCGUUCUCGGAUGAUUGAACUUCUCAAAGACUGUUAUGGAAAAUCUCCUACUCCAGCUUCUUUUACUGAAGAUAAAAUUACGUUCAAUUCUAACUCAGACAAAGCAUUGGAUAUUGAGAUUUCACGCCGUAUAUCUACAGCAUUUUUGACAGAAGAUUUUGCAAAGGAUAUCUGGACAAAAAUUUUAACGUAUGAGCCGUUGAAUUUAGACGAAAUAUGCGGAUUUUUGGAGGAGAAGUUGGGAAUGAAGCUUGAACAUAAAUUUGUGCGCGAAUGGUGCGACCAGCAUGGUGUUACCACCACUGUUGCCGAAGAACGAACAUAG